AUGGUUAUGGAGCUGUUGGUUACAACUUCUUUAUUUCUGCCCUGGCCAUUCAGUGGUAUAUCAUGCAUUAUUCAAGGAUGUAUUCAUCAUCGUGGACAGUCUGGCUUCCAUAUUAAACUAAACAUGAAAAGGUAUGUGGGAAAUAUUAGAAGAUAACUUUUUUUCAAAUAUACCGUACUUUCUACAUACUGUAUAAUGUAUAAUUUUCAAAUCAAAGCAAACGAUCGUGGGGAUCCGCUUUAACUAAAUCUGAGAAGUCACUGCGGCUGCAGUCUGUCCAAAACUUAUAUUAUAUACAAGACUUACAGUAUAUACAAAUUAGUUAUCAUUCGCUAAAUUAUUAUAUUUCCUAAUUCCUAUAGCUAACUAUCACGUUACUCAGAACAUCAUCAAAUACUCUCGUAUGCACACAAUUAUAUACUUGUGUUUUAGGAUAUAUAUUCCCCUUUUCAAAUAAUUUUCAAAAGGUGUCAAUGAAAUUUACAAUGUUUCCCCGGAAGAAUUGUUCACGUGCUUUAUACUGUAUUUCUGAGCGAGAUGGCGUCAAGGUACUUCUGAUUUAAAGUAUAGAGUACGGAGAAACUCAUUGUAAAUUUCAUUUUACAGUACAUUAUACGCAAAGCUACAGUAUCUGGUGGGUGCAACUGGUGAUGUUUAAUUGUUUGCGUGUCAUUUCCAUUGUUUCUAUAGCUUGAUCACUGCAGAUUUCUCUGCCGCUGCUGUGCUUAUAACAUUUGGUGCUCUUUUGGGCAAAGUCAGUCGUCUUCAACUGUUGAUCAUCGCAUUUAUUGAAAUCCUCAUGUUUGCUGUGAACGAGUUCAUUUUAUUGGAAGAAUUGAAGGUUGCAGAUGCUGGUGGUUCAAUGGUUAUUCAUUGUUUUGGUGCUUACUUUGGUUUGGCAUUAAGCUUCGUGUUAAAAAGACCAGAGGACACUGAUAACAACGCUAAGGAAGGAUCAGUGUAUCAUUCAGAUAUCUUUGCCAUGAUUGGUCAGUUGUUAGAGACAGUACAAGUCAAGAAAUACGAGCAACAAAAUUUCUUCAACUUGCGACAAAUGCUGAUUUAAAUACAUGUUUCACACAAAUAUUUACGUAUGUUGCCUUGUCUUUUGCAACUAAUGCACAAAGAUUUUUCAUUAACACGUGUUGAAGUCAGCCUUUUACUGUAAAUUUCAAGGAGUUAAGAUUUUGGUGACAGAAUAACACUUUUGGAGUUGAUUCAACUCUUUGAAAUUUACAGAAUGUAAUUUUGUUGCUUGUAUAUUUUCCAUUCAUUCCAUUAAAAAUGAUUAAAAAUCCAAAUGCAUCUUGUCACACUAUGAAAACCUUAAAAACGAAUAACACACUAAAUCCCAUGAGCCCUACUAGUUCUAUGCACCUUUGAGGUGGAUUUAAUUCGGCGUAGGAAAUACGAGAAUUUUAAAAUCACGUUUUAACAGACUUUAGAAUAAUAAGUACUGAUGAGCUCAUUUAGUAAUUCGUGUCAAUGCAAUUAGCCUUUCUCACGAAGGCCAAAAUCCGCCAUUUUGGGGGUUCAAUAGACAAUUCAAACAACGUGAAAAGCGACUUUCAAAAGUUGUAACUGUAAAUUUACCAUUAUACAAACAUUAUACAAACAUUGUAAAUCAUUAACCGAAAUGACGUCAGAACUCAAUCGCAAACAAAUAAUCGAAUCAUAUAUCUCCAACUGGCAUUACGGAAAUCAGCCAUGUGAUUCUGGUCUGCAGUUCUCCUAAGAUCGUACGUGACAGUGGUGUCCUAAACUGCACUAUCAGUGAUCAUCUACCAGUGUACGUUACGCUUAAGUUAAAGUCUACCAAGCCACAACCCACCCACAUUACUGUUCGUAGCUAUAAGAACUAUGAUCCCAAAUAGUUUGCCGCUCAUCUCGCGUCUAAAUCUGAACGCCUUAUUUCCAUCUUUUCAGUCAAAGAUAUUAAUGAAAAACUAAAUUAUUAUAUUAUGAAAAACUAUUAAACAAAAUUUUCUAUGACGAAUCUCAAGGAUGAAACCACUCUUGACUAAUAAAGACUUUAAAAGUCCGUGGCAGACCGUGCCCCUUUGUGACACCUGAAAUAGAAGAACUUAUGGGGUAGGAGAGAUCGACGGUCUUCUCAUUAAGACACGUAACCUUGGCGAUUGGCGCAACUUCAAAGCAGCUCGUAAUGCUGUUAAGACUGAACUCAUUAGAGCAUAAAGAGAUCGUGUCCACAAUGAUCGAAGUAAGGAGGCAUAAAAACAAGACAGGUUCAUUAUGGAAAAUUAUCAACUAGAUGCUGUCGCUUAUAAAGAAAGAAUCGAUCGUGUACAGCAAAGACCCAAAGAUAGUCGAUGAAGAGUUCAACCACUUCUUUUUCUUCCGUUGGGGAAAAUACAGCCAUGGCAGCAUCCCAAUUAAUAUAAUAACAUUUGCCCUGAUAUUCCAUCUACCACGGCUUUUAAUAGACAUUAUCCAGCAUACGAUUCUGAGAUGUUCAAUUUAACCCUGUCUCCUGCUCUGAAGUUAAAAACAUUAUAACAUCUAUGCCCACCAACAAGGUCCAAUUUAAGUACCAUUUUGCUAAAUAAGGGUUCAUAGAACUCGAUUUCAAUUUUUCACUCAGUUUUGCGUAUUUUACAUUGUCAAAUGCUUUGGAAAAGUCCAUUGUUUGGAAAAGUCCAAUUUUCCAAGAGGUAGGCCAUGUGGAUGUAGAGAGAGAUUCAUUCCAAACCUUGGUCAUACUUAAAACCAAAUAUCUGCUUAUCGGAAUUCGGAACACGGCAACUGUUACAAAAUCUUCUCUCAGAUAUGAACCUAAAUUUCCUAUGUGAAACUUUCAGGCCAGUUCCUUCAGCCAAGCUAAGGAUUUAGGAUUAAUAAUGGAUACCAAUUUGACAUAUGAUUGCCAUAUCACUGAAGUGGUCUCCUUAUUAUCAUCAACGAAACAAGGCUAGAUAAAACAAUUAAAAACUCGGAGGUGGAUCCAAGGAUACAAUCUAACAAGACGCGAUAGAAAUAGGAAUGAUGGGGGUGUAGUAAUUUACAUACGCAACAUUAUACCAUACGUGGAAAGGCUAGCAUUAAUCUCAGAAAAUGUUGAGGCAGCUUGUAUUGAAAUAAAAAAACCGAAUUCCAAACCAGUAAUUAUUUCGACAUGGUAUCGACCACCAAAUUCUAAUUCUCGAUUGUUUUGAAAUUUAUCUUCAAAAUAUCGACAAAGAGAAGGAAGAAACUAUAAUAACUGGAGACUUCAACACAAACUUAUUGCCUAACGAUACUCUACACAGUAAGUCAAAACCGUUUAAGGAAUUGUUAAACACAUAUCACUGUCGCAACUUAUAAAUAAACUCACUAGAACAACCGAGUCAACGAAGACGCUUGUAGACUUGAUAAUCUGAAAAGCCGACGAUUCAAAAACUAUUACAGCGGAUGUUGUUGACCUAGGUAUAAGUGAUUACAACCAGGUCUAUAUUUUCAGAAAGGUUGGAAUUCCUAAAAGAAAGCCCAAAACCAUUGAAAAAAGGCAAUAUACAAAUUAGCUAAACCCCGAAAAUUUUAAAAACGACUUAAAACAAGUAUUUUCACAAUUUAUAAAGAUAUAUUCAGAUCCAAACACGGCCAUACAGGAAUGGAAUAAAAUAUUUUUGCUAAUAGGCGAUUUAAACGCACCUCUAAGGCCAAGGGAAGUAAGAAGUGAUCGACAACCGUGGAUGACAGUAAAAUGCAUGCAAACUUUGUGUUUCGGCCAGUUUCGCCGCCAUCUUGGAAAAAUUUUUUGAAAAGUUAUCUCGAAGGUCAAUGAACUUUGUGACGUCAUUGGCUGGGUAGCACCAAAACUACAAGAGAGAGUUCUAUUGCGUGCGUGUUAUGUUAGCUAAAAAUAUGUCGUUUUGAGCGUUAUACUGGCCAACACUCUUCGCAAUCAAACAAGAGAAGUCUACACUAUCAGAUAAAAACAUAUCGAGCGACUGGGAAAGCAAGAAAUGGCGCAAUUUACCGUACAGGUAAUUGAUCAUAAAAUAUUGCAUUAGUAUUUGCCUUGUUACACUCGAAUUUCUGCGCUUAUUUAACAUGGAGUAGGAUAUAUACUAUGAGAAAUAGUGUUACAAACAAGUUACAUACUUGGUAAAACGUUUCUGCCUUUUGUUUUGGCUCAAAAUGCACUACACGUGGUAAUACACUGCAUUGUUUAUAGUCGUGAGAUUGUGUUUACCCAGCCAAUGACGUCAGAUAAUGCAUUUUGUGGCAUAAAUUAGCAUACGCGCUUAUUUUCAAAAUGGCGGACAACUGUUCAAAUUUUCUCAAAUUCAAUCAAAUUUUCUCAGCAACUAAACGCGACAAACCGGCCAAAAUAUGAAAUUAAAUAUUCCGUAAGUAUACCUAAUAGAUAUAAGUAAUAAAAAUUUUGGUUGCCAAUGUCCUUUAAUAGAACGGCUAAAACUAGUAACAUUAUCAACAAUGUUAAAUAUGGAGACCAAACUAUUACAGGCGAUGUUAACAUAGCAAACACAUUUAAUAACUUUUUUGCGGAAAUUGGACCCAAAAAAUACCAAACACACUAAUCAAAUUAGCUGGAGAAACCAUACAUAUGACUCUUUACUGCACAUUUUCAUUCUUGUAUUCGAUACUGGUGUCUUUCCAGAUGACUUGAAACUGUGCUUGAAACUUGCUAGGAUGACGCCAAUUUACAAAGACGGAGACAAGGCUGAAUGUGGGAACUUCCGGCCUAUAUCAGUUAUUCUUGCAGUUGCCAAAAUCUUAGAAAAAAUUAUUUAUGAUCAAUAAAAGUUCGUACAUCGUUGAGAAUGACCGCAAUCAGGUUUUCGGUCAAACCAUUUCACAGAAACUGCACUUCUAAAUUGUACAAAUCAAUGGUUGUUAAAUAUGGACAUGGGUCUGAUUAACGGGGUCCUCUUCUUAGACUUUGAAAAAAGCAUUCGACACGGUUGACCAUCCUAUUCUUUUGCGAAAGCUGAAACAAUACGGAAUAAAGGGGGACAGCUCUAAAACUUUUCACAUCCUACUUAAAUAACAGGAAACAAGUUUGCGUAGUUAACAACGUAAAGUCACAGCAAGAAAUUGUCCUAUGCGGAAUACCACAAGGCUCCAACUUGGGACCUUUACUAUUUUCGCUACACAUAAAUGCUUACCAAAUUGCCUCAAGCAUACGCAAGCAUCCAUGUUUGCUGACGAUACUAAUCUAUCAUGCACAGGAAAGUCCCCAACUGAAAUUGAAUGCAAAAAUACAUUCCGACCUACUUCACUUUGACAAAUGGUUGGAAGCCAACAAGUUGACAUUAAACACUAAGAAAACCGACUGUUGUCUAAUUGGCCUCUAAAAAACAACUUGACCAAUCUCCUACUGACCUCCGAAUAUUAAUAAACGGUUCCAUUAUCAAACAAGUCAAACAAAAGAAAAUCCUAGUUAUUAUGACUGACAAUGAAUUACAGUGGACAGAACAUAUUAACUUAGAAGGGCAAAGCCAUAUGUAUCCCACAGCGAUCUAAUCUGUAUGUACAACUCUUUGGUAGUUCCCUACUUUACAUACUGCUCAACAAUCUGGAACGACGGAAAUAGGACAAAUUUAGAAAAACUUUACAAAAUGCAGAAACGAGCUGCCCGUACAAUAACUAGCUCAAAUUUCGAGAUAAGAUCAAAAACAAUUUUGCGGACUCUAGGAUGGAGCUCAAUAGAAAAUAUUCUUAAAAGAAGAGAGUUUUUAAUUACGUCCAAGGCUAUCAGUGAUAUUGCACCAGAGCACAUCUGCAACAUGUUCUCAUACCGUGAUAACGCAAUCAUCAAACGCGGAGCAACAGCGGCGUAAGCUACUUCUUGCAUGUCGACAAACCCAAUAGAUCUCUUAUGAAAAAAUAUUUUCGUACCGAGGAGCUUACUCCUGGAAUACAUUACCCAACGAAAUUUUAGAUAUUUAUGAGCAAUUGUCGGCAUAUUCUUUUAAAGCAGUUAAUUCUUACUAAAACCUAUAUCGAUCAAGUGACUGUUAACAUUGUUUGUGAUAAUUUUAAAAAUUCAUACAGAAUCAUAUUACAGAUGCUGUAAUUUUGUAAAUGUUCUUUUUUCUUUUAAACAAACCCUUUAAAAGCAGAAAUUAAGUUUAUUGUUUCUAAAUAAGUUUUUAAUAAUAAUUAUAAUAAAAUAAAUUGUCACAGAUCGAAUGAGUAAGCAAAUAUGUUUUGAUAACGAAACUAUAUCCCUCUUGGUAUCAGCAUUGGUAAUAAAUGAACUUCUCUAUUGCUCCUCCGCUUGGUCGAACAGUUCGGUCAAAAACAUCAACAAGUUGCAAUUGGUACAAAAUUUUGCGUGCAGGAUCGUGACAAACACCAAGAAGUUCGACCAGAUCUCACCAAAACUGCGGGAACUGAAUUGGCUUCCGGUGAAGGAACUCUUUUUAGAGAUACAAUCAUGAUGUAUACAAGUGUAUUGAUGUAUUCACACGUGCAAGUUAGCCCCACCUUAUUUGUGCAAUAAAUUUAGAAAACGUUCAAAUCCCAAUGUAUAAUACCACCACCAGUCAGAGAACGUUCCAUUACAGAGGGGCGAAACUAUGGAACGAUCUGGACAAUAACACAAAGCUAAUGCCCUCCUUGAAAAGUUUUAAGAACAAGUUAAAGAAAGACAUUUUAGCAAUACUUUUAUAUACUUAGUAAUGGACUACUUUUAAUAAUAGAAAAUUUUAUACUAGUAAAUUAUAAUUAAUAACUAUCAUCAUUCAAUGUAAAUUAGUUUCGAAAAGCCUCAUUUGAGGAACACAAUAAAAUAUGUAUGUAUGUAUGUAUGUUUCGUUGAGUUCCGGAACUGUUCGUAACGUGCCGGACAUGAUCGGAUUACGUACAGGAAUGAAAUGUGCUUGAAUCGCUGUAAAGAAAUUAACUUAUCGUGUUAUUAUGUAAAUAGCUGUUGUUUUGUUAAGGUCCAGACACACCGGACGCGAUUCGAAAACGCGACGCGAUGUUUCGAUUUUCACUGACCGAUAACUUUGAUUCUAGUUUAAAUUUUCCAAAUAUUUAGAAGCGCUAUAACAUUUUAAGUUAUUUGGUCUACAUAUCUUUCAAAAUUUGCUCUCAUUGGCUGUUUUAUUAACUUUCAAAAACCAAAGAAUCGCGUCGCGUUGUCGAAUCGCGUCCGGUGUGUCUGGACCUUUGAGGUUACUGCACUGCAAUCAGUGCAAUGUAUAUGUAAGAAAUAAAGGAACUGUUACAAAUUGAGUUGUACAAGCUUGGACAGGUGCAGUAAAUUUAUGCUAUACCGUUAAAGAGCGAACAUUUAAAGGAAAAUAAAGAUAAAGAUAAAGCAAAUAACGUUCGUAGAGCUGGAAAGAGUGCGUUGACUCGAGCCCUAAACACUGGAAAAAUGAUGCUAAAACCAAAACGCUCGUCUGCCGAAAUACACGCGUCGGAUAAAGAUGUGAAGAUCGCGUACGAUAAUCUAGGUAGUAAACAGGAUGAAUACACAAUGUACUUAGACGAUACUGAAUACGACGAAGCCGAAAACUGGACAUAGAACAAUGCACGCGUGAGUACACUGAAUUUAUGAUUACUGUUAACGACCAUGAAAAGGAAGGAACCCCCCCCCCCCGGCAUGAUGUUGCUGAAGAUUUGCCUGAUCUGGAAAAUGAAUCAAUUGAGCAAAAUUCAGUGACAAAAAAUGUCGAAAUUAAGGAUGAUGAAACCAUUUCCGGUUUACAUAAGCCUCAUGUGUUAAAGCAUGAAAAACCGAAACUCCCUCAGAUUCUCGGCAAUGUACGAAAGUAUUCUAUAUUCAAAGUCGACUUUCAACAUGCAAUUGAGUUUAAUACACUGCUCAGAGAGGGAUGCCAUUACUAUACUCCGUUCCUGCCUUGGUCCAGAGCCCUCCAAGUUAGUUGAAGGUAUAAGUACUGACUUGAAAGUGAUGUGGCAAUAUUUAGAUCAAAACUAUGGGUAUCCAAAAAUAAUUUCAGAUACAUCUGGUGAUCUCGAGAAAUUUUACCCUAUCCAGGCGGGAGAAGACAUUAACAAUAGUCGUGUCAUCUCACUUAUCGAGAAAAAUUACAAAGGAUGAUAUAAAGGUUUGUUCCCGCCACAUUCAUGUUCAGAAAUUGGAACCAUUCAUGGAGAAUCUGUUAAAAUGGAUGGAAGACGAAAUGACAGCCAGAUUGCGCUUGGGUGCAACCAUUCGAAAGGUUCGAUCAGCCAUAGGUACUGUUGCGCAGAGUAAGAAUUCGUUUGGGAACAACACACCCUGCUAUGUAUGAAAAGAGGUACACUAUAUUGAUGAGUGCCCAAAGGUUUUGUCCAUGCCCGUCAAUGAAUGGUGGAAAAUAGUCAAAGAGCAAAAGGCGUGUUUCUAAUGUUUGAAAAGAAGGGGCAUACGGCCAAUAACUGUCUGCGCAAGCGAGAAUGCCCUGAAAGGAGACAAGAUGGUGGCCCAUGCAAGAAGCCACAGCAUAAACUUCUUCACAUGGAAGAAGGUAAAUCCUCAUAACCGUGCACUCCAGUCACAUGUGUUCUAGCCUGCGAACAGGCGUUUAUUCAGGUGGGCCUCGUAAUAAUAAACGCCUGCCCGAAUGACUUCAAAUUUUCGGAGACUUCGUUCGCCUACGAACGAAGCUUUCUGAUUGGAGAAUUAUGGUCACAUGGGAACAUAUGACUGACAUUAAGUAGGAGGUCUGCGUUUAUUACUGAGGUCAGCAAAAAUUUGCAAAACUUUGUUGAUGACUUGAUUCUGAUUUAUAGAUGAAUAUAGUCGAGUAAAUGCGAACAAGAAAAACAUUAACGUUUUGGGCCAAUUUAAUUGGAGAAAUAUUUCGGAUGUACUACAUGUGAGAUUGUCAGGUUCAGUUAAGCUGCUAGUUCGCCCUAUCAAAGUGCCCUAUCAAAGUGUUCAUAAAAACUCAUUGACAUUUGAACCUCGAUGAUGGUCGUCGUGGAUUUCCGAUUAUAGUGUUAAAAUGACUUUUGUAUGUGUGCUAGGGUUAGGCCGGGUUAGACAUUAGGUUUUAAAUAGAAUGCAAAUAUGAUGUUUUAUAUACCGUCAGUUGAAGUGAGCUGAUACAGACAGUUGAGUUAAAGACCCUGUCACACUAUUGCGUAUGAGAGAAACGUAUGAGAAGCGUAUGAAAAUUAAUGAAAUAAUUUUCAUACGCACAAAAACCCUUUGAAAUGCCAGCGUAUGAGUUACGUACAUCUGGCGUACCUCUGGCGUAUUCAGCGUGUGCCUAGAGUAUGCUUAUCGUAUAAAGCAUACGUCCGAUACGCACAAAAUUUUUGAACAUGCUUAAAUUAAAAAAUAUUUUCUGCCUAUGCCUAACGUAUACCCCUAGCGUAUGUCAGCGUAUACCGGCGUAUGAUUGAUAUUUUUCAUACGCUGGCAUACACUAGUACGAUACGCAAUAGUGUGACAGGGCCUUAACGUUGUGAAAGCAUGAACAUUCAAGAGUGAAGACUAUGUUGUCGUUAAUAUUAUGAAACGUAUAUCGACUAGCUAUCGAAUACGUUUCUGUUUAUAGCAACGAUAAAAGUUUUGCUUUUAAUAAUAUGACAGUGUUUGCAUGAAAUAUAUGUGAAGCCAAAUUGAUGAGUCUGUAGACGGCAAUAUUUUAUAUUUUGGCAGCGACUGGACGCAUUUUAAUUAAUAUUCUAAUUGAAAUGUUUUAACAUUAAAAUGUUCUAAUUUCGAUACAGAAAUCUUUCUCAUUACAUUCAUUGUGGUUUAUUCUAAUAAACGAAAUGACUCGUAAAAGAAAUCUAGCCGGUUCCUGUUCGCAGACUACAUGUGUUCAAGACGAAAGUGAAGGGAAAGAACGGCGAAGCACAGAAGUCAAUAUCUUCUACGAUAGCGGAGCACAAGUAAGCAUGAUACGAAGCAGUUAUGCAGAGUCAUUGAAUCUCGGAUUGUCAUCACCAAAGUCGGUGAAGCAGAAGAAUAUAUGAGUACCAGUAUAUACAGGGUGUUAGCCAGAAGUAAAAAAAAAAUCCGCGUUUACCUGAAAUUGGGAAAUUUAUUUUAGCCUGAAGCCGGGCAUUUCUUUGUGAGUCUGGGGGCAUGCGGUUGUCCCCUCUCGAUUUUUAUUUUUUUUUGUCUUUGAAAUGGCAUUUCCCGCAUUUUGGGAGUAAUUUUGAGCAAUUGUAGUUAUAAAUAUGUUUUUAAUGGCGUAUUAACAACAUUGAAUUUCUAUAACUAUUUUUUGGCUGACCCAAAUUGGGAAAUUGCGACCUCAAGGUAAUUGGGAAAACCGCGUUUAACGCGGAAUUUUUUACUGUAGCUUACACCCUGAUAUAUAAGGUCCCUGUCUGCACAAAUGUCUGACACUCUUGACGUAGAUACGCAUUAUCUAUCGACGGUUCUGGGAAUAUCCAGUUACAAGUUGAAACGCAGAGCAGGUCCAAUAGAUCUGCUCGUUGGAAUAAAACUAUUCCCGGUUCCAUGUUGGUAAGACGAAAGUCAGAAACAAUGUUGUUGCAAGAAAUAGUCCCUUGGGGUGGGUAUAGUCUUUGGUUCCAAUGCAGAAUGUUUUAUGCCAGACCUAAAACAGAUCCUCCACAUACGUGUUGCUACGCCUGUCGACCUUACAUCCUUCAGGAGCACUGAAUCAAUGGGAGUUGCUAUAUCGCCAUAUAUGCACCUGUAAAGAAGCUGAAAUUCCUGCAGCUGAAUGAGCAGUAUUGAACGAAAUUGAAGAGUCCUGUCAACUGCAAAAUGGAAAGUGGACAAUGAAAUAUCCCUGGAAGAGAGACCCACAGUCCCUGCCCAAUAAUUAUCCACAAGUGAUAAAGAAGCUCGAAACCACCGAAAGGCGACUCGCGAAUCAACCGAAAUAUGCCUCCAGCUACGAUGAGCAGAUUAAAGAGAUGGAGAAUUUGGGAUUUGCAAGGAAGCUAACUGAAAAGGAAAUUAAGGAGUGGAAAGGUCCGGUGUACUACAUCUCGCAUCAUGCCGUCCUACGCCCAGAGAAAAAGUCUACUACAGUCAGAAUCGUGUUUAAUAGCUCAGCAUGAUACUAAUGCUUACGUCGAUGAUAUCUGCGACUCGAUUUGUUUGCUCCACAGACGAAGCCACCAACCUUACCACGGGCAACGACGAAGUGCUCAAUUUCGGAGGAUUCCAUGUUAAGAAUUGGAUCAAAAAUGGAGAAACAAACACCGAGAAUUCUGACUAACCGACUUGACCUCGUAGCUCAGUUGGUCUAGCAUUGGACUAGUAUCCCAAAGGUCGCGGGUUAGAUUCCCACCGUCAUCAGGCAAACUUUUCAGCUUGCCCGGUGCAUGUGGAUGCACACUCAGAGUAACAUCACAAACAGGUAUAGGUUAGUUACCGAGGUAUAACUAAGUUGAUUAUUAACCGUGGCGCGUGCAGUAAGCAUCGUGGUGAAAGGUUACCGAGGUCGUGGUUGUAGUCAAUUACCUCUUCUAGCAAUUAUACAUUGAUUCUCAGGGUUGUAUGAGGCUGAGCAUAACAUCAAAAAUUAUUCAGACCUCGGUCAAUGUUAUCGCCGAAGCGCAGUAAAUAAUAAUGAGAAUUAUCUAUGGCAUGUUGACCAAUAAUAAGCAAUUAUUGGAUGAGGCUGAGCAUGAUAUCAAGAAUUAUUCAGACCGAGGUCAAUGUUAUCUGCCGAAGCGAAGCUGAGGCGGAUAACAUAGACCGAGGUCUGAAUAAUUCUUGAUAUCAUGCGAAAGCCGAAUCCAAUAAUUGUUUUAUUAUACAUUUAAAGACAUGAGAAAAGUAUAAAACGAUUCGUGUUCAUGAGGUAGGAAAAGUACAAUUUGAAUAUCAAACACCUUGCACAAAGUCAAAAGUGAGCUAAAUAUUCUAUUUCUACUUCUAUUUACCCCUUUGUGGCUUUUUUCGUGCUUUCACUAUCGUUAUCUGCCAAUAAUUUGGAGAGUUCACUUUCAUUCAGCGAAGCAAAUCUGCUGUAGGUUAUUUUUUUUUUUUCGCGCGUUUAUAGGUUCAAGCUUUUGGCCGCGCAAGGAUUUGGGCACGAGAGAGUCCAAUAAUUUUUUUUUGGAUGCAAGUUCGAUCCCAAAAACAGUUAUUGGACGCUGAUGACGUCAUCGGCGGAAAUAUGUAAUAAAUGCCGAAUACUGAAAAUUAGCCGGUGCUUUCUGACCAAUUAGAAACGAGAAUACAUAUUAAAUGUAUAAUAAUAAACGAGAAUAGAGUUUGAAUGUAUAAUAAUGUAAUAACAAUAGGUUAAGCGCCACGAAACUUUAAGCUCGGAGGAAACACACGUUUUAUUCACAGCGAAAGAUGAGAGAAAACCGACUCAAUCAUGAACUAAGUGAUUUAAUUUUAAUUUAUAAACUUUCAUCAAUGAUAAAUAAGUACAUAUGAAUAAAAUGAAUACAUAUGAAUAACAUAGAGUAAAAGUAAUCCUUGAUGAGGGGCUAACGAACUGACUCGAAAUCCCAGCGAGGUUAACUCCUUGCCCUUGGCAAACAUAACAAUGCAACUUGAAAGUUAAAGGAAUGAAUAAAAUUAGAGUGAAUGAGCCCCCACACGGUUAGGACCACAUGCAACAUUGACGCCUUUAAAGGUUGGGAAAGGCUAGAGAAAGCUAUAACUUUUCUAUGUAAUCAUGUAGGAACUAUCUUCUUGUGGAUGUACUGGCCAAGUUUCAACAGUGUAUUGGUUUCACCAGCAGUCGACCAACAGAGAGCUGUUAUUAAUACAUAUCUUUCACUUGUGGCUUGUUGUGUUACAACGUUUGCUGUCUCGGCAUUCAUUAACACAGACAGGAAACUUGACAUGGUAUGAUCAGUGAACUUAAUCAUGUAACAAAUGUAAUAUUUUUCCUUCAUAAUCAUGCACUAAAAGUGGAUAAGGGACGUGAGAAAGUUUCAUGCGUGCUCGAUGCUCUUACUUUAUCCCAGUUACAUGGCACGAGGAACUAGAAAUGACGUCCGAAAUAUAUGACUACUCCUCUUACAAAUACCCCGAGGCACAUUUCUGUUCAAAAGUUGUGAUAGGAAACCAGAGAUUGCAGAGAACAAUAAAAAAGCUGGGGACAGCCUACCACACAUGCAUUGUUAGUGAAAGGGUUUAUAAAUCUGGCGAGUAAAUUUUAUUGAACUUCCCACACACUUCACCGUUCAAACUAGUAUACCGGCUGCAUGUUGUGUAAUAUUCUAACGGUUUAAUGUAUUUUUCAACAGGUGCAUGUUCAGAAUGCUACUCUGGCUGGUGGUGUGGCAGUUGGAACACUUGCUAAUAUGAUCAUUGAACCAUGGGGAGCUAUUCUUAUUGGUUUUCUGGCCGCAAUUCUCAGUGUUGCAGGAUAUAAGUAUAUCACGGUACGCAGUAUUGGAUCCACAUAUUGAUAUCUAUUUCUAAAAUUGAUUGAAAACAGCUGUGCGACUGAAAUUCACUUAAAUAGUUCAUAAAUUAACUUGAAUAAAUUGACAAAGGUCGUUUAAUUUCAAUUAGUAUAAUUACAUAGGUGAUUAUUGAAAAUUCCCCACGCUGAUUGGUUGCCGUUGAGGUGAUUAUAACGCGAUAAUCACCUAUUAGCGAUUUUCGAAAUGGUAUCCGAAGCCGUUUUGUCAAUUAAAUGACGAAGAAAUGUGUAUUUUUUAUUUUUUUUCAAAUAAUCACCUAUGAAAUUAUACUAAAACAAUUAUUCACCUCAGGCUCCGUGAUUAUCGUGAAUAAAAACCUCGACUUUGUCUCGGUUUUUAUUCACCGAUAUUAAUAUCCCGCCUUCGGCGAAUAAUUGUUAAAUGUUUGUAUCUGAGCUAAGAUUCCAUUAAAAAAUGCAGCACAAAUGUAUUGAAUGGAGACUUUGUUGUAUAAAAAAUGUUGUUUAGUAAAUUAAAUUAAACACUCUCCGAAUAUUAGCAUCUUAUAAACUCAAACAAGCUGAUAUUAUACGGAGUGUGUUUCAUCUUAUAUUUCGCGAAAUUGCCUGCUGGUAAAGGAUUUUAGUAUAAUAGCUCCUUCAUCUUUUUAUACGUUGAGAAUAAAUCAAACAUCGAAAGUUGUUUCGGGGAAACUGAUUCCUUGGUACCGAAAGAUUAAUUAGUCACAUAUAUAUGUAAUUUACUGAGCGAGACCUCCGAACUGCAGGAUAUUAGUUGAGUUCUUCUUUUUACGAAAGAAGAACGACUGAAUUUUCUUCUGUCUGGACCGAACAAGCUCGUUCAAUAAGUUAUUUAUUAUAUUAUAUUACAUAUAUGACUAUAAAAAACAAGGGCAUUCUUCGGAAAACACUAAUCACAAUGUCCCCAUUUUGUUAUAAUCAGAGUUUGUAUACAUGUAAACAACGUCUUAACACAAGCUAGAGUAGAAUAGUAAAUUUAUUAUUAUUAAAAGUUACAAGGUCACAUUUUCACAUAUUUCUUUUUACUGGGAAAAUAGUUAUUCUACCACUUACCGACUGCUCAGGAAACAAUCCAAAUGCUGCAUUUUGCAAAUGAACCGCUUGCAGUCAUAAUCGUAAUACUAUAUUAGAUAUUUAAAACGGUCUUUUAUUUUAUAGCCAUUCUUGGAUGAAAAACUUCAUAUUCAUGACACAUGCGGAGUGAACAACCUUCAUGGGAUGCCCGCCAUAUUGGCUGGAAUUGCUGGAGCCGUGGCCGCUAAGCUCGCUGAUGCAGAUGACUAUAAGGACAGGUUUGUAAUAAAUAAUAUUAUGUAGAGCGAGUAAAAUUAAUACAUAUGUUGAUAUUAUGUUGGUACAGUAUUUGUAGUUGGGGCGCGACGGUUGUGGCUUGGUUAGUGGGGACGCUGCACCAGAAUCGCAGGACCGCUGGUUCGAUUCCUGUUCCUAUGGUUGCAUUUUUUCGUAACUCAUGCUCGUGGUUGUCUAAAAAGUGUAUAAAAUUUGAACUCGAAAUUUCCAUCUACGAAACCCUUUCAUGACCAGAAAUAACACCAUUAUUUCUUCGAGAACAAAACUUAAUUGCAUACUGUAGCGGGAUGAGCUUGGUUAGAGAUCAUGCAAAUUGUAACUUGGACGAGUACUCGAACGGCUUGUAACUAGCACACCAGUGUAAUUGAUAGUAAAAACAUCUACCAACGUUUAAUUUUGAUAAAGGGUUUGGGUUGAUAAGUAACUGGUGACCAUCUGUUACUCAAGCAGCUAUUAACACUCCCAACGACGGUAGACAACGUAAUUUUAUUUAGUGUAAACCCAGUGAAAGUGAAAGUGAAAAUAACCAGAACGCUACCUCCAACCGGAAAUUUGAAGCCAAACUUGAAGGCUAGUCCCAGUCUUCUCACGCAUGCGAUGAGCGCGGUGAAUCCGAAAAGAAUAUUUUUAUGACUAUUUUAAGAGAAUCGCGAGACAUAAACAUGCGUGUCUUAAUCCCAGACACGUGAUUUGCCUUCAGGCAAACAUCGGGACUCUGUCUGAAGGUAGUUAAUAUAUUCACUUCACUGUGUAAACCUCAUCCAAAAUUAAAUAAUAUUUCAUCUUAUUGUGUCAAAAUAUACAAAUCGAGUAGUUUUGCAUCAGUUAUAUAUAAUUUACACAAUUAUAUAUAUUAUAUCAAUAUUUUAGUUUGGGUUCGGUAUUCCCUAGCGAUUAUUCGUCAUCAAAACGAGCUGGAUAUCAAGCGCUUGCUUUGUUGAUCACUCUUGGCAUUUCCAUUGUCUCUGGGGCAAUAACUGGUUAGUGUUUUACCACUGCUUUACCACAUAAUUUAGUUUUUCAAUGUUUAAACUAUUCCCUUCUAUCUGUUUUUUAUCACGACUAAUUUAAAAGUUACCAAAUUAAAGACCAUUGCAAACAAGUUACCCAAUUAUUAAAAAUUCAUCGAUCAUGAUUUGAGGGUUACCUACUAUAUAGAGUUUGCCUAAUUUGACCUGACUUGAUUGCGCGAUUUUAGAUCUAUGAUUUUAGAUCUAUUUUACGUUCCAUGAGAAAAACAUGAAGAGUCUGUGCGCUUUGAAGGUAAAACCUGGAUUCUUUCUAGAUCAGACGGCCGAUCACACAAUUUUUCCCGUUCAUCACUGGUUGUCACCCUGCAGAAGAAGCUGGUAUUCACAUUGAUCACAGGCAACUGGUAGAGAACAUGCACUCUUCUUCCUCUUUCCCCUCUAUUUAUGAGUCGGACCAUGUAACUCGAUCUCUUGCAUCGUUCUCUGGAGGUGCGAUCGACGCUUUCUUCACAUUUUUAUAUCAUUUAGUCAUCGCGAAGCGAACAGAUGCUGUGUUUGGUUGAUUUUAACAUUGCAACACAAUAAAACUGAAUAAUAGAUUUCUUACAGAAUGAGUCACAAGCACUGAUCGCCUUUUGUUUACGGAAUCUAAUCAUAGAACAUCAUCAUUUUAGCUAUGUCCUUUAUACUGCUAUCAUCAGUUUUGGCCACCACUUUGGCAUAGCUUUGUCCCUUCUUAUUCGUUCCUGAUUCCCUGUCUCCGUUCCUCAUCUCACAAACUCGUUUUCCUCAAUUCCCUUCUCGUGGAUUUCCGUCUACUUUCUUCCAUCUUCUUUCUCUACUCCACCUCCUUCAGUUCCUUCGUUAUUGUCCUCCUUAUCUUCUUCGUUAUUGUCUCGUCUUCUUACAAUUCUACUAUUUCGCAGAUAUCUGCGCAGUUUCCAAUUAUUUUAAUUCUUCUGCCUUCACUGUAAAAUUAAGUCUCUGUGUUAUACUCUUACUGUGAAAACUUGGGUCGUCAUGGAAAUCAAAUGGAAAAUACUUUUCUAAGCGUGUUCUCCACAGACUUCGUCUAUUCCCUUAUCCUCAAUAAGCUUCUUAAUUCUCCCACUCUGUCAAAUGCUGUGUUUUUCUAUGAACCUUUUCUCUUACUGGAUUCUCCUUUCGCUAAUUUUCCAUUCCAAAACUAACAGCCGAACGAACUAACUCUUCUGGCGUAAAGAAGUACAGCAGGUUUAUUUUCAAUAGCGGCUUCGAUUUAAGUGCAUGUAAAACAGGGAUGUAGUAGAAGGGGUUUGGGUGGAUGGGUGGAUGGGGGGAGUACAUUUUUAAUUAAAGUCUCAACAAUACUGCUGGUUGUUCUUUAAAUUUGGACAUUACUAAACCGCGAAACGAAACAACGAAACAGCGAAACGAAACAGCGAAACAACACGGUUUUAUAUUAUUUUUAGUAAAAGGAAUAAACUACAUUUAUAUCAAAGUAGAACGAAGUUAGACAAGAUGAAAUCCUUAAAGUCAGGGACGCCAGAACGAUGUGAAGGCAGGAGGGGGGGAGAUUUUCGUGAAAGGGCACUUUUGAAUUGGUAUAUACUAAGAGAUGUUUGCAAAACAUCGGGAAUUGAACUUUGCCUAACCAUGUUUUCUAUUUAUUGGAUGAUAGGGGUGUGAGGGAGUUCUCCGCCAGGCGAUUGUGCUAUUCUUGAAGCUCAAUGACUGCAUUUCUUGCGUUUUCUGAAGCAAAUUCAUAAAAGAAUUGCACUAACAUUUCUGACAAUUCGCUAUUUCACCUUUGCCCCCCUUGCCCCUCCUGUUAAAGGGCAACGGGGGUGGCUGCCCCUCCUGCCCCCCAGUUCCGGCGUCCCUGCUUAAAGCUACAACGCCGUCAGCACAUAAAAGUCAUAAUUAAUACUAAUAGUGUCACGUAUUAAUCUUUGUUAUCGAAUAUUGGGAAGGAUAGAAACUCUUCUGCUUUUCGAAUACUGUCAAAGUUUCCUCUGUUAUAAUUUCUUUGAAGUUUUCAUCGGUUGUUAUGGCAUUAAAUUUUGGCUGUGAAACGAGCAUAUGUGUGUGGGGUGCUCGGUCAAAACGGCCGCAAGUCAAACGGCGGCCCCAAGUCAAAACGACUCCAAGUCAAAACGGCUAUUGCAUGCCUUGAAAAUUAUUAUACAAAUAAAAUUAUUAUUACACGAGUUCAAACUAUAAUAAGUUUUAUGACAAAUUAUAAAAUUAAUUAAAGGAUUAGGUAAUUUAGAUUGCAAAUAUUGAACUAUGGAGUUAUUUUAUUCAAAUAUUCAACUAUGGAGUUGUUUUAUUCAAAUAUUAAUUCUCGACUUCGUCUCGGUGAAGGAAUUUCCCCGAUAUAAAUCACCUCGCCUUCGACAAAUAAAUUAUUAAAUGUUCACCUUUGCAUAGCUGUAAUUUCUGGCAAUGGAUUUAUUUUUGUUAUAUAGUAACAUAAUAGUUCGAACAAUCCAAGCGGGGCCGCCAUUUGACUUGGGACCUGCGCGUGGAAUCGUCGUGUUUACUGUUCGGCAAAAAUAUUGAAACAAGCCGCGGGAAGUUUUUUGGCGUUUUUAUCUACAAAGAAAGCUCCAGUUUUUCAUUAUAAUCCUAAUUUUUUGUGAAUUCGAACAGUACGUAUGUUAUUAACUAGUUUAGCCAAUCUUUUAGUGUGUUUUUACGUUUUUACGUUCAGUAUUGUCUUUCAUAUUGCUCAAAAUUUUCAACUUGUUGUGUUGCGAACUGUCAAACUGAAACGAUACUGUCUUCUAUAACUCUUGAACAGUAGUGAACUGUCGCCGAAACUUAUAUGUAAGUUCUGUCAAUCAAUUCAAUUCACAGGUAUCGUUUUAUCUGCUAAAUCAAAUAAAACAGUUAUGAGUUGUUUUAUAUGAAAAGUUAAACUUGUAGUUCGAUGUUUUGAAAAGUUUUCACACCGAUUUUAACAACAAAAACAAAUGUAAACUAACACUGGAUUUAAUACAAUGCGUAUAAUAGUGUUUUUUAUUAGUAUUUUCACGAUUAAUAUUUUAUUUUCAUGUCAAACAAGUCAGAAAUAUCUGUUUUCGUAUUGUAAGCCAAAAAGUUGAAAUCACUAUAAAUCACACGCUACAAUUUACACGCAUGCGCAGAUCGUGCUCAUGUCGAGUCGAUUUUUUUUCAUGCGGCAUGUAGUAAAACACUGACUACCGGAAUACCGGAACACCAUCGGAACACCGAAACACCACCGGAACACCGGAACACCACCUAAACCUAACCCCAACCCUAACCCCCAACCCUAACCCUAACCCCAAAUCCUAACCCUAACCCCAAACAAAAUGGUGGUGUUUCGGUGUUCCGGUGUUCCGGUGGUGUUCCGGUAGUCAGUGUUUUACUACAUGCCUUUUCAUGCUGGCCACGCCGAUUUUAGCGAUGAUUUUCUCGUGUUUUCUUCGGUGAAAUUUUUUUAAACUUUGUAUUUUUGUUAUACAAGACGAGUGGUACAACAUAUUCAAAUUUUAAGAAAUUCUACAAAUAACUUUUUCUGUAACCGUCAUUCACGAAUAUCUCGAAAACUUAUUUGUAAAUUCCCUUCAAAUUUUGAUAUGUUUUUCCUUUCUGGGCCAUAAAUCUUCAAAAAAAAUUUAUUUCAGAAAAAUUCACCGAAGGAAAAUAUAGAUAUUGUCAAUUUAUUGUGAAAUUAGACAAUAAAAGUGCAAAAGAUUAAACAUCAUGGUUGCCAUGGCAACACGAACACUGUUUUAAUUUGUUCAUAAAUGGACAGCACACAGCUUCUGAACUUUCCUGGAAAUUAUCAUAUUGCCUUGUCUUAAGUGUAUCUAAUAUAAAUUCGGUUCAAAGCGAACGUUACUCAAAAUACCUAGAAUUUUAGAGAACUGUAGGGAGCCACCUUAAUUAAGGAUUUAAUUUCAUCUUGUCUAACUUCGUUCUAAUUUAGUUUCAUUUCACUAAAAAUAAUAUAAAACGUGUUGUUUCGCUGUUUCGUUUCGCUGUUUCGUUGUUUCGCUGUUUCGUUUCGCUGUUUCGUGGUUUAGUAAUGUCCUUUAAAUUUAGAAUGAUAUUCUGACUAAUGAGCCAGGUUGUGGUUGCAUUUUUUUGUUUUAAUAUGAUAAAACUAUAAACUUUACAACAUCACUUAACUUAAAAUGCAGGAAAUGAAAGUGUUUCCGAGACCAAGAAUCAAAAACGUUCUAAUAUUUCAUACCGCAAGGCCCAUUGUUUUAGGACUAAACCACUGACGUAAAAUAUACUCAUCCAUAAUGAUACCAUGCACAUACCUUGGUGCAUUCUUGCCUUUUAAUUUUAGAUUAAUUUGGGCAAUGACAGUAAAACACCAUUAAAAACCUGCAUUGAAAUAAUUUAUUUUCAUUUGUCUUGCAGGCUUUAUUGUGAAGCAAAGUGUGUUUGAUCCUCCAACAAGUGAACAGUUGUAUGAUGAUGCAGAUUUCUGGAAGGUGAGUGUUGUAUUUAUUUUUACAAAAUGAUCAAAGACAAAAUGUAAUUGAUGUAUAUAUUAUUCGUUUUUAUUUUCCCAUCUUAUCAUAACUUUUUGAUAAGGUCAUCAUAACACCUUUUAAUUUGUUGUUUCUUUCUGCACAGUUACCAGAAAUCGUUGAUAACCACAACCAGCCGAAUGCGGAAAUUCCUCUUCACCGCGGACCAACUACAACCAGAACUGAGGCACCAUCUUCCUAAAGUUGACCUACACAGAUACCCGUCAGUUGCAUAUAUCUUCUUCUUUUAAACAUUAUAUACCUUGUAUUUGUGUGUUUGAACUUAUGUAUACGGUAGCGGUAGCUUUGUUAUUUACUUUUAUUGCAAGUAAUAGUUUAGGUGGCAUGUCGUAAAUAUUUUAACCGAGUAAAUAUGCCAAGCAAUCGCCUUUUUAACCUUUUACCAUUUAGUAGUGAAUAUUCAUAUAACUUGCGUAAUGAUCGCCUUCCGUCUACUAAGGCUAAAACUGAA